UGCUAAAGGCGGGGAGCCGAGGAAGGCCGCUCCGCCUCCGACGCGUCAGGAGGCCGGAAGUGGACGAUGAGAGAGAGAGAGAGACCGAGGGAAAGAGAGGAGGAAAGGCCCGGGAGACGGAGGCGGAUUGGGCCCUGUGGGUCGGAAAGGAGCUGGCGGCCCUUCGCUCAAACCAGAAUUGCCUAAUUGGGAGCAAAGAUGCAGAGCACAUCCAAUUAUCUUUGGCUCCUGUCAGACAUCUUGGGCCAAGGAGCGACUGCAAAUGUUUUCCGUGGAAGACACAAGAAAACAGGAGACUUAUAUGCUGUCAAAGUAUUUAAUAAUUUCAGUUUCCUUCGGCCUGUUGAUGUUCAGAUGAGAGAGUUUGAAGUAUUAAAGAAACUGAAUCACAAGAACAUCGUUAAACUAUUUGCCAUAGAAGAGGAGACAACAUCCAGACAUAAAGUCCUUGUUAUGGAAUUUUGCCCAUGUGGCAGUUUAUACACUGUUUUAGAAGAGCCAUCUAAUGCCUAUGGGUUACCAGAAACAGAAUUCUUAAUUGUGUUGAAAGAUGUCGUGGCUGGAAUGAACCAUCUUCGGGAGAAUGGAAUUGUACAUCGGGACAUCAAACCAGGCAAUAUAAUGCGAGUUAUAGGGGAAGAUGGCCAAUCUGUUUAUAAAUUGACAGAUUUUGGAGCUGCUAGAGAGCUUGAUGACGAUGAACAGUUUGUCUCCCUCUAUGGCACAGAAGAGUACUUGCAUCCAGAUAUGUAUGAGCGAGCUGUACUGAGAAAAGAGCAUCAAAAGAAAUACGGUGCAACGGUUGAUUUGUGGAGUAUAGGGGUAACAUUUUACCAUGCUGCAACUGGAAGUUUGCCAUUCCGACCCUUUGAAGGUCCUCGCAGAAACAAGGAAGUGAUGUACAAAAUUAUUACUGGAAAACCUUCUGGUGCAAUAUCUGGAGUACAAAAAGCAGAAAAUGGACCCAUUGAGUGGAGUCGUGAAAUGCCUGUUUCCUGCAGCCUUUCUAAAGGACUGCAGGUCUUACUUACCCCUGUCCUUGCAAAUAUUCUUGAAGCAGAUCAAGAGAAAUGCUGGGGAUUUGAUCAGUUUUUUGCAGAGUCAAGUGAUAUACUACACCGAAUAAUCAUCCAUGUUUUCUCUUUGCAACAAAUGACCUUGCACAAAAUUUAUAUUCACAUGCAUAAUGAUGCUGUCAUGUUUCACGAAUUGGUUUACAAACAGACCAUGAUACCUGCAAAUAAUCAAGAGUUGGUAUAUGAAGGCCGACGUUUAGUAAUAGAGCCUAGCAGAUUGGCGCAAGCAUUUCCCAGAACUACUGAAGACAAUCCCAUAAUUGUAGUAAGCAGAGAGACCAUGGACAUCAUUGGAUUACUUUAUGAAGAAAUUCCCCUUCCUAAGGUGCACCAACGUUACGACUUGGAUAGUGAUGCAAGUAUGGCUAAAACAGUGACAGGGGUUGUAUGUUAUGCUUGUAGAGUUGCCCGUGCUUUACUGCUUUAUCAAGAACUUAUGCGAAAAGGAAUCCGAUGGCUAAUUGAAAUUAUCAAGGAAGAUUACACUGAAACUCUUCACAAAAAAACAGAGGUUGUUCUCAAACUGGAAUUUUGCAACAGAAGUAUAGAAAAAGCUGUAGAAAUAUAUCAAAAUAUGCUACAAAACAACUUGGCACCAUCAGAAGUGGAUGAAAUUUCAGAUAUACAUUCAAAGGUGUUACGGCUUUCUAAUUCACGAGUGACAAUAGAAACCAGUCUUCAAGAAAUCAAAAACAAGCUCUCUCCUAGCGGACUGCUCUCUGAUAGCUGGACCAAUCAGGAAGGCACACAUUCCAAAGACAGAAACCCAGAAAGGUUACAAGUGCUACUGAGUUCUAUAACAGAUAUUUAUCACCAAUUCAAAAAAGACAAAGCAGAACGAAGACUUCUUUAUAAUGAAGAACAAAUUCAUAAAUUUGACAAGCAGAAGCUUUUCCUACAUGCAACAAAAGCCAUGACUCUGUUCAAGGAAGAAUGUGUCAGCAAAUACGAAGCUUUCUUGGAUAAGGCAGAAGAUUGGACAAGGAAGAUGCACCAUUUAAAAAAACAGUUAAUGACGCUUCGAAAACUCUGCUUCGAUAUUGAAAAAGAGGUUUCCAAAUACCAGGAUUAUGUUGACAAGUUGCAAGAAAAUUUGCCUCAUAAAAUGCUUGCAGCUUCUGGUGGGAUCAAACAUGCAAUUAAUCCAGUGUAUCCAAGUUCAAAUACUUUGGUGGAAAUGACUCUCGGCAUGAAGAAACUGAAAGAAGAAAUGGAGGGUGUUGUGAAAGAGUUAGCUGAAAAUAAUCAUCUUUUAGAAAGGUUUGGUGCUUUGACUAUGGAUGGUGGACCAAGGAAUGUUGAUUGCAUCUAAUCGUGCAUUUUGCCAGGAUGGAGAUUGUUUACUUUGCACAGAAGGGGCAUUCAUAUGCAGAAAGAAUACUCUGCCCUUGAAUAUUCUUUCCGUAUUUAGCAGAAGUGUGUAAAUAUGUAUAUACUGUAAAUACAGAAGACCUCACUCUUUUGGUAAUAUAAAAGUGUUCUUAACAUUGAAGUAACAUCAGAACUGUCUGUGUAAAAAAAAACUAUUAUGGCUGCACAUUAUGGUAAACACACUGCUGCAAUGCAUUUACUUCAAAAGUGCUGUCCUUGUUUUCUUGUGAACAUUUGCUGGAGAAAUUGUGGUCUUGAACUUUGCUGCUUUUAAAAGGGCAAUUAAGCUUCCCCUUAAGCCACCUGAAUGCGAAAUAUUUCAUUUACAGUAAUUCACAAUGGUCCCUGCUUUCUUAAAAUGUGAACAGAUGCCUGUUGCCAAAAACCGAUGAUCACCUUUUGCGAGUUCUUAAAAGGAAUCUCUUGAGUGUAAAGAAAACAACUAUUGACUUUUUGAUCAUGUCUGUUGGGGUUGUGUCUCUCUUACCAAAACUAAUUAGCCCAGUUUUAUACCUCUAAAUCCAGCCAUUUGCUAAGUACAGUUGCAAGGCGAAAUUAUAACACUGUUUUCUUUAGCAUUAUUCAGAAAAAUCUUGUUAAAAUCUUGCUAGUUUUUUUUUUUUUUGGACAGUAGAAUUAACUAUUGUUGAGACAUUCAUUAUAAACAGUAAGAUUAGUACAGACCAUUGCAUAUACUGAUUUCCAUCCUCCAUGAGUUCAAUCAAAGUAGAAGACUGAUUGGUUUGUUGUGUGUUUUCUGGGCUGUAUGGCCAUGCUCCAGAAGCAUUCUCUCCUGAUGUUUCGCCUGCAUCUAUGGCAGGCAUUCUCAAAGGUUGUGAGGUCUUCACAACCUCUGUGGAUGUCUGCCAUAGAUGCAGGCAAAACACCAGGAGAGAAUGCUUCUGGAGCAUGGCCAUACAGCCUGGAAAACACAACAACCCAGUGAUUCCGGCCAUGAAAGACUUUGACAAUUCAGAAGACUGAUUCAUUUUUAACUGAAGCAAUUUAAAAAUAGUCCAUCUUAAACAAAAAGAAUACAAAAGCUUAUAAAAGUGGGUUGAUGCAAUUGCUAGACAUUUAGUAUUGGGUCCAGAUUUAGGCCAACUAAACCCAUUGAUUUCAGUAAGUCUUCUCUACCAAGCUGGCAUCCAACUCUUAGUAUAUAUUCCCAAAGCUUCACACAUAACUAUGAAAUAAAACAAGCUGAAAUGGGCCUAUUGAUAUCAUUGGCACUUCCUAUAAUCUAUGUUAUUGAAGAGAGCAGUUCUAAGCUAGUUCAAAUCAGUACUAAGAGAACAGCUGAUUUACUUGAAAGAAUUUAAGGUAGGUGAGGCAUUUAUUUCCCAUUUCCUUUUAGGAUGCUUGCAUAGGUCAAAUUCUCAGUGGGUUACAUCUUCUGUCGCUUCCCUUUUGGCAUGUAAAAAAAAAAAAAGGAAAACCAACCCAAAGCCCUUUAAUCUCAAGUAAUUCUUUAGGACAAUAAUAACGAUUCUGCUUUUUUCAUAUUUUUUUUCUUUCUAGUUUACGUGAGAGAACAGAAAUUCACCAAGAGUUCUUUGUUUUGUUGCUCUUUGUUUCCAAAAAUUGACCCAUUCGAAAAAGCACAGGCAAUCUGUAAUCUUAUUAAUGUAUAAUUGCUGCUUAAAUCCAUAAAUGAAACUUGGAAGCUGCAGGGAUGUGGUCACAGGGGAGAGGACAGAAUCCUGCCUUGCAAGGCUCAACUGUAGGUAGUAAUUCCUGUGAAAUCAUGCUGCCUUAUUGUAUAUAAAUGCUUACUUAGAAAUGUGGAGAUUAUAUUUCUGUAACACACUUAUUUUACAGAAUCAUUUUGUACUCUUUAUUUACAGAUUCAUUAUUUUGCAUAAUUGUUUUUGUUUAGCAAUAGUACAAUUGAAGGGGGAAUGGAAAUGGAUUUUAUUUUCCUUCUAUUGAAAUUGGCCUCAGUGAGUAAUGUAAAUUAUUAACACAAUUGAUACUGUGAUUCAUAAAAGAUUUCUUCUUA